CCUGGCCUCGAAUCGUCAGAUGAACCAAAAGGAGUUGCAGCACAUUCGCCAGGCAUUUAACACUCGCUACGUGCAAAAACGCGACUGGCCCUUGCGUAUCGACAAGCCGUGUGUGCAUGUGCCCCCGCAAGUCGCAACGACAUGCCAGGAUGACGUGGCACCGUCUCCACGUGUGUCGCCUCCCGCCAGUCCCGUGGCCAAGUCCACUUUCGAAACCGUGUCGUUCAUACUUCGCGAUGCCAUCAACGACGGGUUUUCGUUUACGUUUGACCGCAUUGGCCAUGGCAUGGUCGUGCUGAGCGUCGAUAAGGCGCGGCGAUCGACCUCGUCGUUGUCCGUGGGUAGCUUGCUCGUGGCCAUCAACGGCCACACGGUACAACUUGCCGACGACAUAAAGUCCAUCACGAUCAGUCCGAAUCCACAACUAGCAACGCACGAUCAAAGGACAGAAGCGAUGCGACUACAAAUGGUCGACUUGUUUAAAGCCCAUGGCAUCUCUGCAACGUCAUCGACCCCGUGCAACGUCACGUUUGUUCAAAUGCCAACCAAAGUCCAACUCGUGCACAAGUGGAACCGUCGCAGCACGUACAAGCCGUGGUCCCAAGUGCACCUCAAACUGCACUGUGGGUACCUCAACUUCUACACGUCCGACGCCAAAGCCGACAAAGCUACCGUGGACGACAUGCAGAACUCGGUCGUGGCGAUUCCUGUCAUGCGGUGCGACGUGAUGUGUGUGGACAUCCCAGGAAAGCGAGGAUUUUGCUUUCAAGUGCUAGAAGUGCCUCCACCGCCCUACCAAGCCGACUCCUUGGAUGGAGAUGAGAAGGAGGAGGAGGACGUCAUCCUUCCUGUGAACGUGUCCAUCGUUCAAAGCUAUUCUCCCAACAACGACAUGACGAACGACAAAGCAGUCGACCCAUCGUCCGAGUCUACCAUGUUGGAUGACAUGCAUGCGUUCCUGGGCUCGACGAACGUGGUGAAAAAGGUCGUGGUGGUCAAGGAGCCGAAACUGUACCGGUUUCGAGUGGCCACGGCGGCGGCGCGGGCCUCAUGGGUGCGCCAUAUCCGCACCGCCCAGACAUGUCGUGCCGAAGACUACUUGGACCAGCCAUAAACAACAUGAUCUGUGACAUUGUUGUGGUGAUGGUGGCGUUCACUCCAAUGGGUCGACGAUGACGCGUGGUCCUGUGACAACGUAUCGAUCCAACUCGUUCGUUCGCGUCAGAGUCGUCACGCCCAGAAACUGGUUGCCGUCGUGGCGGUAAACGGCCACGAGGCGGCUGGUCUCACUGGCCGGCCAGUUGGUCAAGGAACUGGCAUUAGACGCCAUGUCGUCGAACCAGUGGACUGACAUGCCGCCAAUCCAUCGCGCUUCCGUGGUUGCGUCGACGGUCCACGUUGGAAACGACGUCGGCAAGCACGACUCAAUGGGCUCCAAGUCAAACGUUUCAGCCUAUACAUUGUAAGGGAAUUCAUCGCAAUAUGACGACAUAUGAAGGACGUACGUUGACGGCGGCA